AGAAUUCAAAACAAAAUAAUUCUUGUUGAUAACGGAGUGUUUGUAACUGGUGAUAACGCACCGUAUCGCUAGUCGCUACUCUUUUUUCAAUAUGGAUAAUUUCAAAAAACCAAAUCUUACAAAUUCAAAAAAGAAAAGAACAUUGUCUCCAAAAAAAUUAGCCGAAUCUUUAAAAAUAAAAAAGGAAUGCGAGAAAAAAGCAUUGGAUAUUGUUAUUGAGUUAAUUGAUGGCGGAUUGGAAGAAUCUGAAUUAUUAAAUAAGCUGUAUUCGAUUAAUGUUUGCCACUAUGAAGAUGUAGUAGAAGAAAGAUUUAUUUUAAAACAAUGUGGAUAUGUUAUGUGUGAUAAAAAGUUGACAGACAUACCUAAUCAAAAGUAUAAAAUAUCAUUAGCCCUUACAAAGGUGUUUGACAUUACGGAAAGGAAGAAAUUUUGUUCCAAUACAUGCUAUAAAAGUUCUAAGUAUUUACAGAACCAACUAUUAACCACGCCACUGUGGUUACGUGAUAAAGAUAUAGUACCAACAUUUAAAUUGUUAAAAAUACAUACAGAAAAGGAAAUUCCAUCGGACUCAAUACCUGAUGAUGUUUCUACACCAAUUUUCACAAAUGAUACCAAGACUGAUAUUGAAGAACAAUUCAAAAAUGUAUUUAUUACUGGAUGAUUAAAAAUCAUUAUUAUUAUAUCAUGUGCUGUUUUUUUCUUAUUAUGUUAGUCAUCUUUUUACAUAUUGUGCACAUUAAAAAUUAUAUAAAAUAUAAUUAUUAUAAAUAAUAAAUUAUCUGUUAAUAUUAUUUUAAUGUCUUAAAUUACAAGAUGAUAUUUUUAUUGUUUAACACUCUUUAGUUACACUCUUUUUUUACGGCUGAUAAUGACUAGUGUGGCAUCCUCUUAAUGUUUUUGAAAAUAUUAUUCAUUCAUAAUUUAAAAUCAAAAUAAAAUCAUUUUUGUUUUAAAUAUUUAUUUUUAAUCAUUUUAAUAUUUAUAAGUUUCUUAUGUUUAUGAUUGAUAACAUACUUGUAUAAUUUUAAAUUCAUUUUCUGUGUCUGAUAUAUUUUUGAGUAUUUUGAUACAUAAAAUUUAAAACUUGAAUCAGUAUUAAGAUAUAAGUAUUAAAAGUUUAGAUUUAUUAAAAAUUAUUUAUAGAUCUAAAAUGUCGUAACUAGUAUAAACUAAUAACUUUUUUUUCAAUUAAUGUUAAAUGUGUUUUAUGUUUUUAUUUACCUUAUAAAUUAUAUUCUAUGUUAAAUAAAUGAAACAAAUUCAAACUACAUUGAAUUUGCACUGAUAUACCUAAAAUGUAGUUUUAUAUUAAACAGUAUGAAAUAUGAAAAUAUGAAAAAUGCAAUAUAAAUACAUUUUAUUUUUGAUCUUGUAAAAAUGACAAAAUAAAUGUCCAUCUUACUUCGCUA